AUGGCUCUCAAGCGUAUCAACAAGGAACUCACUGACCUCGGCCGUGACCCUCCUUCUUCCUGCUCAGCCGGCCCCAUCGGAGAUGAUCUGUUCCACUGGCAAGCAACCAUCAUGGGUCCUAGCGACUCACCAUACUCGGGCGGCGUCUUCUUCCUCGCAAUCCACUUCCCGACCGACUAUCCCUUCAAGCCUCCGAAAGUCAACUUCACGACGCGCAUCUACCACCCUAACAUCAACUCGAAUGGCAGCAUCUGCUUGGAUAUUCUGCGAGAUCAGUGGAGCCCUGCUCUGACCAUCUCGAAGGUGCUCCUGAGCAUCUGCUCGAUGCUCACAGACCCGAACCCUGACGACCCGCUCGUCCCCGAAAUCGCACACGUAUACAAGACCGACCGGUCUCGGUACGAAUCCACAGCUAGGGAGUGGACUCGAAAGUAUGCCAUUUAGUCCGGGCCUGUAAGCCGAC